AUGUUGCAGAAUCGUCCCUUCCGGGCAAUGAUCGUCCCUUGGAUACUGGAUCAGACGAUCGUGGCCAUGCUGUCGUCCCUGCUGCCAUUCUACGUGCAGUAUGUGAUCUCCCCAGAGGUGGUCUGUCAGGUCAGUAGCCCACCGAUCCCCAUCGCCAGCGCCCGAUGCAGCUCGAGGAUGCUGCUGGGCAUUGGCCUGGUCUGCAUGCUCUUGGCUGCUAUCCUGUCAAUGCCCCUCUGGCAGCGGGCAGCUAUGGGCUUCGGAGACUACCAGACGUGGCUGGCCUUCAACUUCAUGAAUGCCAUCACCACGAUUCUGUUCAUUGUGGGCCAGACGUCCACACUGGCGAUUGUCUUAACCAUCUGCUUCGCCAUCCUGAACGGCGCACCCAUAGGCCGGAGCUGUGCGUUUGAGCAGGCCUCGCAUUUUUGGCAUCGGGUGCAGGUGUAA